AUGUUAAGGCUAAUGGAAAACCUUCUGCAAAGACACGAGGAGGGAAAUGACCCCCAAGUGGUAGGCAAUAGCAGCCAGGACGUCCACACGGUGAAGGGGAACACAGAGGGGGGAAGUAACUCCAAGGAAGGAUGUGAAAUUCUUCCAAUUGGUGACAGUGAUGGCCAUUUGGGAAAGCGGAAGAGAGGAGUGGAGGAUAUACAGGGAAGACACAAAGAAGGGUCCCACGUGAACAGUAUGGAAAAUCUACCGCAUGGUGAUGAAGCCAAAAUGGGUGACGCUAGAAGAAUCAUGCGAAUAAGGGGAAGAAGGUGUGCAGGAAAAAAUCCUCCCCGUGUGAACAGAAGCAAUCCUAGCAAGUCUGUCCAAUUGCAGGAAGACAACUUCGACGGAGAGAACACCCCAUUGGAGGAUGGCGAUGAGGAGACUGAACAGUUAAUGAAUAACGACCAGGAAGGAAACGUAGUAAUGGAGGACGAUGAAGACAAUUUAUCUGUUGCAUCCUCAGCACAAAGUAAUUAUGGUAAGUAUAAGGACGUGGAUCCAGACGAACUAAUUUAUUUAUAUGAAAAUGAAAAUGCGGGAAGUUUGAAAAGUACAGGAAAAUUAGCGAUGGGAGAAGGGAUAGCCGAAGCAACAACAGAGGAACCAGAAGAAGAAGGUCCUGUUGCCAAAUAUUUAGAUAAACACUAUAAGGGACAAAUAAUCAUCGAUGGGAAAAACGAAGUGGAUGAGCUCUUGCUCGCAACAAGAAUGGCUUAUUUCGACAUGGCUAGCCAAAAUAGAGAUAAUGCCUCUGAGCUGAUAAAACAGAACCCUUCUGUGGGUUUUCCAAAAGAAGAUCAGGGGGAGGACAACGAAUCGAGUGUCGACUGUUCGGAGGAUGAGGCCUUCGACAGGGAUGAACAUGUUGAGCAAUUUCGCCAUUCUGAUGAAGACAGUAGUGUGAAUGACGAUGAAGAACCUGUGUGUGAUCCAGUUGUGCGCUUUCCGGAUGGGAAAAACGCAGACGCGCAGAACGGUAAUGUGCACGAUGUGGAGGGAAAGGGAGCCCAGGGGUGCGGGGACAUUACAAAAGAAACCAUCCAGGGGGUUAUCAGUGACGACAAAGAAGAUGAAAUGGUGAAGAACACCACGAAGGGAGAGUACAACGGGACAACCCUCAACGAAGAUCCAGCAGCCAAUACAAUGAUGGACAAAACAGCGGAGCGUGUCUUCCCGGAAGAAAAAAAUCCAUUCAGCAAGCAAAGUAGAAUAAGAUUAAUGGGAGCCCCCGAAAGUGUGAAAGAGGAUAUACCAAUAGAGAAAAUAGGGAAAUUAAUAAAAUUAGAGGAUAAUGUAUUGACUGUGCAUGCAUUUAAGUGUGAAUUCUACUUAAGUGUUGCAUCUGUUUUGUGUCUUCAAAAUAGAAAGAUAAUCGGGUGCAUCAUUAAUGUGAGCUCGAACGAGACAGAGAUUUUCUACUACGCUAAAGUGCUCUUCCCAAAUGUGAAAAACGAAUUAAAGCCAAAUGUAGAUAUAUAUGUCGACCAAAAACAUGCAGUUUACAUGAACGUGGGGGUGAACAUCUGCUCGGAAUUGUUCAAAGUAUUUAGAAACCCAGCCAUACCUUUCGUUUUUAUUAACUAUAAAGAUUUGUAUAACAUUGCUGACGCGCAGUUAGCCGAGAGUAGAAACCAGAACCAGGAAGAAGGGGGAGAUACUAAUAAGAAUGCAAUGAACUCUGGUAAAAAUAAUGAGCAUACCAUUUCCGAUUGGCUACGUAACAUUGCAUCGCCAACCAGCACACAAGUAGGAAAAAGUGCAAACAAAACUUGGCACAGAAAUGCAUCUUCCCAAAAUUUUACCCCCUAUGGUAGUACUCAUAAAAAUAACAACCAUAUAGCGUAUAUGAAAACACACGGUCAUCCCAGAUAUGGAGGUGCACGCAACUAUGCCAACAUGUCCUCUCGUCGCCCUUCAAAUUAUCGGUUUAAAAACUUGAGUUACGUAAAUUCUGUUCCAGCUAACAAAAUGGCCAACCUGCAUGGUAAUGGCUCAGCUGGUGAGCGUACUUGUGAGGGAAAAAAUGGUGCCUACGUUGGAGCCCCCAUCAUGAAUGGAAAUGCGUCUUACGGUGGUGCUACCGGUAUGGGCAAUUCCUACAACCAUGAGGGCGCCCAGAACUACGGAAGUGGGACCCCCCACGAUGUGCCCAUUUCGGAGAUGCAAAGUGGCUACAUCACACACGCCAGCGCGUCUCACCGGACGUACCGUCCUUCGUUUUUGCCCCCCCAAUGUAACCAACAAUUUUCAAGCCACAAUUACUCCAGGGUGACCACGUUUAGCCCAUUUGACGGAAGGAAAAGUGCCUACCCCGGUGAAGCCACAAAUAACAAUCAUCGUGGGUCCUACAGUAUGCAUGGGACAAAUCGAACGAGUAGAUACAUAUACAACAAAAUGAAAAGGGGCCCUCCGUUCAGGAACAUGGUGAUUGCGAACCCAAAUUACCACGGCCCCUCCAAAACGUAG